GCCAAGUAGAAAUCCCCGGACAGAAGACUGACUUAACAAAUCUUUCAUUUGGUGAAAAAGAGGAUCUCUUAAAACUGGCAUCAUGGCUGUGGCGGGCUGCACCAAGUGCAUUAAAUAUAUGUUAUUCUUCUUUAACUUUAUUUUUUGGCUGGCUGGAGGCGUGAUCUUAGGAGUGGCACUGUGGCUUCGUCACGACAGUCAAACCAGCAACCUCCUCAUCCUCCAGUUUGACGGCAACCAGGCACCCGGUACCUUCUAUAUCAGUGUGUACAUACUGAUAGCUGUAGGCGCUGUGAUGAUGUUUGUUGGCUUCCUCGGUUGUUAUGGUGCCAUUCAGGAGUCCCAGUGCCUCCUGGGGACGUUCUUCUUCUUUUUGGUCGUCCUCUUUGCUUGUGAAGUGGCUGCAGGAAUUUGGGGUUUCAUGAACCGGGACACUAUCUCAAAGGAGCUGAUCAACUUCUACGACUCUGCGUAUAUCAAGGCUGUAGAUGUCACAGGGUCCCCAAGCAAAGAGUCUGCCACUAAGGUGCUGGAGGUUUUCCACAGGACGCUCGAUUGCUGUGGUAAAGGAGAUGACGGCCCUCUGUUCACACAAGUGGCAAGCUCCCUGUGUCCCCAAAAGGCUGUAGAUUUACUCACAUCUCGCAGUUGUCAUGUGAAACUGAUCGAGCUGUUCUCAGAGAAGCUCUACCUGAUUGGCCUGGCUGCUUUGGUGGUGGCCGUCAUCAUGAUCUUCGAGAUGAUUUUCACCAUGGUGCUCUGUUGUGGCAUCCGCAACAGCCCAGUGUACUAGAGGCCGGGCCGGAGAGCAGCGAUGCUGCAUGACAGCCUGUGAUGAGAUCAUUUUAUGCGUUUCUGUGUGAUUGUUCCUCUUCCUUAUGAUUAUAAUACAAGGCAAUGGAUAUUUCUCCCAUAUUAUAGAUGAGAAAGUACUCUAUUUUGUCUUAAUAAUGCUAAUACACUCAUUUUUCUAAAACACCAGUUCAGUUUCUGUCAGAUAUUCAGGUGUUCUUCAUGUUUCAUAUCAGACUUCCUUUGAGUUUUACAUAUGUUGUGAUAUAUUUCUUUGAGGUCAUUUUAAACUAGGUGCUCUUUUUAUGAUUGUAUAAAUUGUAUAUAUGCUAGUCAUAUGUUAAUAACACUUACUUGGGAGAGUUCAUAUGUUCCCUGUUUUGUUUGUGAUUUUGCCUGCCUACAGUGUGCCAGUGUCAUAUAAUUUAAGCAGCAGGGUUUCAGCUGUCCAGGGUAAUGUACUGCAUCAGUGUAUUGAUUAAUCAGGAGGAGUCAGCCAGUGUGUUUGCGUUUCACUGUGUGCAUCUCUUCUCACUGCCUAAUGAACUGUCCUCAUACUGUUACGCUGUCUCCACUAUAUUAUAUAACUUGUGAAUCCCUCCCCUUGAAUAAUGACCCCUCCUCAUGUCAAAACCACUUACUCAAUCUGUUUUAAUAAUGGUA